AUGCAAACUGGCUUCGCCUUUCUGGAAGCCGGAAGUGUCAGAAGUAAAAACGCCACCAAUCUUCUCAUCAAAAACCUGCUAGAUGCUUUCAUUGCUGGAGUGGCCUACUGGACCCUCGGGUUCGCGUUUGCCUUCGGCGAAGGGAACGGGUUUAUUGGCUGGCACUACUUCGCUUCCUCCGGUCUUCCCUUGACCAAGAUGGCGUUUUUCUUCUUCCAGUACGUGUUUGCGGCCACGGCUGCAACCAUCGUCUCCGGAGCUCUGGCUGAACGGUGCGAAAUGGCUGCCUAUUUCAUCUACAGCUUCGCCAUUACAGGCUGGAUCUACCCGGUAGUGACCCACUGGGCCUGGUCGGAUGAGGGCUGGCUCAAGAAGGGUAUGGAUUAUGAUAUCGAUGGCAAGAUGGAGCAAAUCGGAUAUCAGGAUUUCGCUGGGAGCGGUGUAGUUCAUUGUAUCGGAGGUACGGCGGCUUUCGUGGGCGCCUUGAUUCUAGGCCCCCGCCAUGGACGUUUCCAUAAACCAAGCAAAACAACCCUUCAAGUCAGAGGCCAUUCCUUGCCGUUCACUGCCCUGGGCGGGUUCAUUCUGUGUUUCGGCUUCUUGGCCUUCAACGGUGGGUCAAGGCUGACUGUGUCCCAUGAAGACGAUGGAGCCAUUAUUGGUCUGGCUGUAGUCAACACUUGUAUAUCCGGCAGUACAGCGGCUAUUGUUUCCCUCAUCAUUCGCAGAAUAGGAGUCUUUGGAGGAACUUGGAGUUUUCUCAACACACUAAAUGGAGCCCUAGCAGGGAUGGUGGCUGUCUGUGCUGGCUGUGACUCGAUGAGACCUUGGGGAGCACCCAUCGUUGGGUCUAUAGCUGCUAUUGCCUUCAACAUCACUUCCUGGUUGAUGUGUAAAAUCAAGCUUGAUGAUCCUGUAGAUGCUGUAGCAG